AUGCUCAACUGUGUGCUAAUUUUUAUUGGAUCAAUUCAAUUACUUAUAUGGAAUUGUGAUGGAGCGGUCUUUAUAAAGCGAUACAGGAGACAAUUGAUACCGUUGGAGCAUGUUCAGGUAAAAAAAACGGGUUUUUAUUGGGGUUUUGUUCGUAUCCUUACCAAUUUGAAAAUUUUUUUGGCAGACACGUUGCCCUGAUUACACUUUUCCUGUUUACUUUUUCUCAACAAAUCCGAUUUUCCAGGUCCAUUCAGUCCGUUCGAAUGUCACAGUUCUCGAGGAUACCGUGGUUACCCGAUCUUUGGAUUCGAUAUUAGAAUUUGACAAGGCUCCGUACAACUUGAGCUACUUUUCUCACCUUUCCUUAGCCUCCUUUGACUCGAAAGCCUCGUUUCUCCGGGUAAACGGCUCGUUUUCGGAUCUCGCCGUGUCCUUGUAUGGCGUGCAUUUACGCUGUUUGGCGGCGAAAAGUUCGCUGGAUCUCCGGAUGAAUCCAAAUGAGGGAGAUGAGUCCGAAAUGAGGGCGCAGUUCGCGGAUUCUGUUGAUUUUGGCGUCAGCGAUGAGAGAUUUAAUUUGGCGAUUUUCAAUGGAACCGCGGCUAGCCUGCGGGCAAGAACUGGAAGUGCUCGAAAUUCGAGGGUUUUGAGAUUUGGAUACGAAAAUUCAACCGAUGAAUUUAGAGUCAACUUUGUGGAUGAAACCGCGAAUGUGGAUGUUACAGUGCGAGGAGAGUUGGUACGUCGUCGUGGGCUGUGUUGAAAUGGAACUUUUAGUUGUAGAAUACGCCAUAUUUCGGUAUAUUUUCUUGAUGAUUUUUUCGGCAAAAAUUCAUGGAAUUAAAAAAACGAAGCAAACGUCAGUUUUGAAACUGGUACUUGGUCCUGUUUUUAUUUAUCUCCAAUUUCCAGAUCCACCUAACCUACGGCCAGAUAAUUGUCCAGGUUGACCGUCAUUUUCGGCGGUUAAUCCUCCUCUCUCCCUCACAUCGGAUCGAAUUUCACACGCUUGGCGCAACAUUUCAAGCAUCAAUCACACAAAAUUCCCUAAAUUUCGAUUUCCUAAAGGACCGGAUUCGAGUUGGAAUAUCAAACAACUCGCCAAACAUAUCUAUCAAUAUUCAAACCCCAUCAAAGUCGGAUUUGGACCGAUCUCAUGGAGUGGACAUCAAUUUCAACGGGGAGAGUAACAAUGUCGACCACCUGCAGUUGAUUGCAAAAGUUCUGCAACUUCAAUUACUAGCUGAUCCCAUGAUCUUGGCCAAUGCGAAUAAUUCGGUGCUAAGUUUGACGACAAACAAAACAGAGGUGAGUUCGGGACUUUUCAAUUAAAAAAAAAUCGAAACUUGAAAAAAAAUGAGAGCUUUCCACGGUAAAUAAUCUAUUAAUAGUUUGUUCAGAAAACCUUGCAAUUUCUGUUUUUUAUUUCAGGUAAAACUCUCAGCGACCAAUCAACUGGUCCAAAUUUCCGGCCAAACCCCGCUUCUUAUAACUACCACAGAAAAUGUGGCCAUGGUUAUCACUGGGCGGGGAAAUGGCACAAUCACCCCUCCACAUAUCCUGGAGCCUCAAGUGGAUUACGCUGGAUAUGAUUUGCAGAAUCUUAGUGAGUCUUACUGUAAUUUAUGGCGAAUUUCUUGUCUGGUUCUUAGGAUUUCGGGUAUUUUGGGGUAAAAUACCGACAUCAAAUUUUUGUAGAUUUAAAUCUGACUGCAAGAGCUUUGAUUAACAAUGAUAUUAGAAAAUUGAAAAUUUGAAUCUCUAAAUUCCCGCCACUAUGACAUUCUGUUUUAACGGUCGAAAUGAACUGAAAAAAAGCAAAAAUUGGUGCCAGCUUGUAAGGUACGGCAAAAAAUGUGAAAUAUGUUUGUGUGUUUGCCAUUUUGAGCCACCAAAUUUUCUUCAUACCUUAUUCAUUCCCUUUUUAUUCCUUUUUUUGUCAAAAGAGUUAAAUUUUUUUACAGCAAAAAUAAGCAUUUUUCUGUAAAAUACGGCCUGAUACCAUGUAAUGCUAGACUUUUUGUCGUCUAAAACACGAUUUCUUCUUCUGUUUUCUGCAUUUUCCCCAAUUUCUCUUAUAAUUUCCUCGUUUUUCAGCCAGUUUCUCCUCUCAGCAACAGGAUUCCCAUUGGUUGACGUCCAAACUGAAUCUCAAUGAACUUAUGAACCAGGAGAUCUCGAAUAUUGAAGACUUUCCCCCUGUUUUGGGGCAAAGUUUCCGUGGUGAAGGUGGGAAUAAUGUGCAUAACUCAGGUGAUGGUGCUGUGAAUGGCUUUCCUUUCGACGGUAAUUAAUUUUAACUAAACACCUCUAUACUUAGCCCGUAUUUUGACAAUGGUUUUUCUACUUUUUUGGACCGUUUUUAUUGACUUUUUAGGUGUUUUUAUGUAAAGUUAGGAUUCUCAUCGGUUUUUUCGAUAAUUUCCUUGAUCUUUUGCUAAAAUAUGCAAUGUUUAAUAAAGAAAUUUGCAAAAUACGCAGUUAUUUCAAAAAGGUACUUUAUCACAAAAUUUUAUGGGUUGAGAUUUUUUAGCCAACAAUAACUGGGCGGAUUGGACCUCUAAUCCCAACGGAUUCAUCGACUCGAACACGGAUUUACUUUUCCCCACCGAAAAUCCGAAGGAUACGUUUACAUUGUUUCCCUUCGAAGGGGUCGAAAAUUUGACCCCUGACAAUGACGACAGUCUGUUCAAUGAUAAUGGGGAGAAACUUCCGGAAUGGGGAGCAUGGCCUACCUACCGCCCUAUGGGAACAACUUUGGGACCGGAGGCUGCUGGAAUCACGGUAACGGGCCAACCGGAAUACGUUAGCGGAGAAGAGCCAAAAAAUUCGAGUGAAAGUGAAAAUGCGACAACUCAAGCGACUACUAGUGCUACUGGUGGUCCAAUGAUAACGCCUGAAGGUCAAAAUCAAAAUUCCGGACAAGAAGCAAAUCCGGAAAAUCCUCAAAAUCCAUUGGAUAAUGAAACUCAACCGUCCACAGCCCCUCUAGAGCCAAUAACGUCUGGCCCAUCCGACAACACUCCUCAAAAUCCAUCUGAAGCCCCAUAUCUACCAGAAUCGGAAACGGCCGAAACCGCGGCCGGAACCACCGUGUCCCCGAAUUUGGAAUUAACAACAGCACCAAUGCCUCCUAGCGGUCCUGCUGGGCAGCAGAAUGCGGAUAACGAUUUGUUUCCGACUCCGCCAAGUCUUGAAAAGUCUAUCGCCGAGACUGGAUUCCCAAUCCCGCCGAUGCCUGGAAAUGACUUGGCGCAGACUCAAAAUGCAGCCGCUCAAGGCGACGUAACACCUCAGAUGGAGAAGAAUAUCGAUACCGGCGAUGGUAAGAUCGUUUUCCCGCCUGGGCAUGGGUUUUUUCGAAAUUUGUGUUGGCAAGCUGCGCCCCAUGGCAAAAUUACUACCCUUGUUAGUUUCACGAAAAUUUUGAGCUGCACCCUGGCUUAUUUGGGAAAUGAAUAAGUGUAAAACACGGUGUAUUAUCGCGUUUGUAGAUGGCAAAAUAAGUAGAAGACAUUCCUUUUUAUAUGUUCUUUUUUCAGUUUCAAGCCGCGACCAGACCUACGACCGCAACGAGGAUACCUUUGCAAUUGCUCAUUUUGGUGAAGUCAGCACUCCAUUACCCGCGAUUUUGGCGACAAUUGUCAAUAUUACUUUCGUGUCACCGACGACUGUUGCCCCGUAG